AUGGAAGCUUUGACCAUCAUUGGGGCUGUGGCAUCCGUGAUUCAACUCGUUUCUGCUACAUCGCGGACGAUCACAUCUAAGGUUUCAGUCGCUGUUUUCUUCCUGAGAUUUUACGGGAUCGUAGGACCUAUCUUGUGGCUAUUUGGCGAUCGCGACGUAUGGCGAAUCCAAUUGCAAGCGUUGCAGAGCUCAAACGAACUGGACGCAAUGGAAUUCAAGAAGCUUGCUCAGGAUGACAGCAGUAUUAUUGCUGUUGCUGGCACCAUUGUAGCCCAGAUCGCCAUCACUGCGCUAUCUCUGGCCGAUCUUAGUAACACACAUUGGGUCGCUCGAGCCUCCUUUACUUUUAGUCUCGUAUCAGCAACCAUGGCCGUGUACUAUGCAACAAGGCAGUAUCGUAAACUUGGGCGUUGUUUACACGCAGAUGAGGUCAAAGCGUGGAUUCAUCCAACGAAGAUGAGGCUACUUCCCGUCGAAUCUUCACUUCAACUAUUCAUGCCUUCAGCUGCUUCCGUAUUAACUGUCUCGGCCCCGAAUAUGCUCCUUUCAGCAUCCUUGAACGCAUUUCUCGUUGGCCUUGGAGUAUACUUCGGUUACGUAUGGAAACGCAAUCUCGACGAAAAUGCUGGGCCUAGUGCCAGCCGAGCUGUCUUUAUCGUAUACGUUAUUGGUCUUGCGUUGUGCUAUGGCAUUUACGCACUGUCGAGCCUUGUUGCUGCAGACCAGAGUUAUAUCAGUGAAUGGGAUGUGCUGCGUGGUUUGCACUCUGAGACAGCUCGGGCUCAAGACCAGCCGUCAAGGCGCGCAUCGAAUGUGGAUCCAGAAGCCGUUACAGAAAAUGGUAGACCUUCGAGCAAGACCGAGGAACAGCCACGACGAACUGAGAACCCUGAAUAUGAUUCGUCACGUCAACAGCUUGUAAAAGCACUCAGAGAAGCUACAGAUUUGCGCAAAAAGAGUGCUGUUGCGGAUGAGAGGGUUGCUAAAUUGUUGGAAAGUCUGGAAUGA